GCGCCGGGAGUAGGUGCCGCGCGCCCGCCCGCAGCCCGCCGCGCCUCUGCGAGCCGGGACGCCGCUCCGCCGCCGUGCCGCGCUCCCCUCCCCGCGCCAGCUCCCGCCGCCGCGCCUGCAGCAGGCCGAGAGCCGCCACCCGCCGGAGACCCCGCAGGAGCGCGCGGCCGCGGAGCCCGGCAGGGGUGGGGACGGCGCCUUUUGUCCCUGGAGAUUCUUGGAAGUUUGCGGCGGGACGCGCUCGCAAGGGCAGCGCAGGCAGCCCCGACGUCGCGGGAGCGAGUGCGCCGAGCCAGCAUGGGCAGCGGGCGCGGCGCGGGGGGCCGCCGCUGGGCCGCCUCGAGCGUGUUGCUGGCGCUGGCCGCGGGGCUCCUGGGCGCGAGCUCGGCCAACGAGUACGACUACGUGAGCUUCCAGUCGGAUAUCGGCUCGUACCAGAGCGGACGCUUCUACACCAAGCCACCGCAGUGCGUGGACAUCCCGGUGGACCUGCGGCUGUGCCACAACGUGGGCUACAAGAAGAUGGUGUUGCCCAACCUGCUGGAGCACGAGACCAUGGCCGAGGUGAAGCAGCAGGCCAGCAGCUGGGUGCCCCUGCUCAACAAGAACUGCCACAUCGGCACCCAGGUCUUCCUCUGCUCGCUCUUUGCUCCCGUCUGCCUGGACCGGCCCAUCUACCCGUGCCGCUGGCUCUGCGAGGCCGUGCGCGACUCGUGCGAGCCUGUCAUGCAGUUCUUCGGCUUCUACUGGCCCGAGAUGCUCAAGUGUGAUAAGUUUCCCGACGGGGACGUCUGCAUCGCCAUGACCCCACCCAAUGCCACCGAAGCAUCCAAGCCCCAAGGUACAACUGUCUGUCCUCCAUGUGAUAAUGAAUUGAAAUCUGAGGCCAUCAUUGAGCAUCUCUGUGCAAGCGAGUUUGGUAAGACUGUGUUUCUGGCCACUUCUUGGGGAUCUGGAAUCCUUGCUUUCCCUUGUCCUGUGUCCCUAGUGAACAGGGAGCCUGGGGGGAAAAACAUCAGCAGAAAAGCCUGCUCAGGAAUGCAGCUAAAUCAGCCUGGAUCAAGCACCAGAUGUGGAAAGCCAAAAGUUAGAUGGUGCAGUCUCCAGAUUCAACAUGGCGGCCAGCCUGCCUGCUUCAGUUAG